AUGGCAACAACAUGGAUGGGUUGUUUGUUGACAGGGCAAUGGAAUCAGCUUGAUGAUACUGGAGACCGUAACCCGGCACCUGCUGCACCUACAGUAGUCGAACCUGCGCGUCGGAGACAACCACCUAGACCAAUUCCAAAAUUUGAAUGCGAUGACUGUUCUUUGGAAUACACUGACAUCAAGAUCCCACGAGUUUUGAAGGAAUGCGGUCAUACGAUUUGUGAGCAAUGUGCGGAUAACCUACUGGCGGAGAACAAUCAACGACAUCUACUUUGUCCACUUUGUGAAACGGUUACACUGGUUUAA